UUUGUAUAUCGCAUUCUGCUCGUCCUAAAUCUCGUUUACGACGCACAAAACAUAGCUAGAGCGAUUUCUCAGAUCUGCUAGAUUCACGACAUACCAGACAUAAUGGCCUCUCAGCUUCUCCCCCUUGAGCUUAUCGACAAGUGUGUUGGCUCCCGGAUCUGGGUUGUCAUGAAGGGUGACAAGGAGUUCUCCGGAACCCUCCUCGGCUUCGACGACUACGUCAACAUGGUUCUGGAGGAUGUUACUGAAUUCGAUUACACUGGUGCCCAGAUUAAGCUUCCCAAGCUUCUCCUUAACGGCAACAACAUCUGCAUGUUGAUCCCUGGCGGAGAGGGCCCUGGAAGCGCAUGAGUCGUGUCUAGGUUAAUGGAAAUACGAUGAGAAGAAAGCUCUGCGUUAAUGAUACCGAAUGCGACGACAUGAAAAAACCUAUAGAUUGAAUCAAUCCCAUUAAUAUUGGGGCAUAUCAUUUUCACAUACCAAAUUUGCAGUCUAUGAGAGAGGUGGAAGUCUUCAUACUCAUGCUCUACUCAUGGGGAAGCAGGAUUGAAUACUAUUUUCACGCUUACAACCUGCAUGCCGGUGAAAUGUCCUUCCCUAUCGACCGGAACUUCAAGCUUACUGUGCGCGUUUCGAGUGUCAUGCAGAGGAAAUUCUCAAACCCCGAGAGAAUGUGCCGUUAACCCUCGCUCUACCACAAUAACGCGAUGAACAAUUUCGAGCACUGUGCUCUACUAAACCAUUGGCGCCCUGUUCGACCCAAUUACUCAAUUGAAAUUUCAAGCUCAAACCCCCUCACGAGCGGACAAUGACCAUUACAAUCUAACAAACGCAGCGAUCAUGCAAUGACAUAUUCAAGCGUCACAGAUCUAUACGAGUCCAUUAGUGUCCUAUCAAUUUCAAUUACGCAAACGACACCUCCAUCUAAUCCCUCAUAAGCGGACAAUUAACCGAUACCUAUCACCAAAGCUUGCCAAUGCUUCUGGACCACCGUCUCAAUGCAGACAGACCGGUCCCCUCCAAUCGCUACCUUACCCCUCUACACGCCGAGGCACGACUAGCCUCGAUAACCAAACGCAAAAUGCCAGCAGACGCCACGCCACCCGACCCUGACUUCUCUGAAUUAAGUGAACUCAAGGACAUACUCUCGCCGAGCCGCGCACUACUGUCCAGC